CCAUUGAAGAAGCAUUCGAUUCACACUAGGGCAGAUAUAACCUAUUCCUCCUUGUUGGUUUACCCGAUUCUGGGAUCUCAUCCAAUUAUUAGAGUUGAAAAAAAUGCAGAACCAGGAAGAGAUCUCGGUGGAAGUGGAGAAGGUGAAGGUGAAGGAGGAGGAGUCGACAACAUUCAACACAGCUUAUGAAGCCGAUGAUUGGUCCAAUUACAAGGACAGUGAUGUUAUGCAACAACACUCUGCAAUACUGGAACAGGAUGCAGCCAAAUUUCCGUUUGUUGGUGAUAAGGAACCUCUCUCUUCGUUAGCAAAUGAGUACAAGUCUGGAAGCCCCAUUUUACUGGAGAAAAUAAAGGUACUGAGCAAACAAUAUGCUGCCAUCAGACGAACACGUGGAGAUGGGAACUGUUUCUAUCGGAGUUUUAUGUUCUCAUACCUUGAACACAUUAUCGAAUCACAAGACCAAGCAGAGGUUGAGCGCAUCAAAACCAAUGUGGAGAAAUGCAGAAAGACACUUCAGAGUUUAGGUUAUGCUGACUUCACGUUUGAAGAUUUUUUCUCAUUGUUUAUCGAGCAGCUGGAAAGUGUUCUUCAAGGGAAUGAAGAUUCUAUAAGUCAUGAUGAACUUAUAGUGAGAAGCCGUGAUCAGUCGGUAUCCGAUUAUGUUGUAAUGUUUUUCAGAUUCGUUACCUCUGGGGAAAUAAAGAAGCGCUCAGAAUUCUUUGAACCAUUCAUACUUGGUUUGACAAAUACAACCGUAGAGCAGUUUUGCAAGACAUCAGUGGAACCCAUGGGUGAAGAAAGCGAUCAUGUUCACAUUACAGCCUUGUCUGAUGCAAUGGGUGUACCGAUUCGUGUUGUAUAUCUUGAUCGUAGCUCAUGUGAUACGGGGAAUGUCAGUGUGAAUCAUCAUGACUUUGUUCCAGUCUCAGGUGAUGCCCCUACUGAUAUGACUAGUGGGAGUGGCUCUGAAACGAACCCGUUCAUUGUCUUGUUAUAUCGACCUGGUCAUUAUGAUAUACUGUACAGAAAGUGAAACUGUCAUGUGUUCCGGUAUCGAGCAUGAUCUAAUUGGGCAGAUGCAGAGCAGGAAAGGGAGUUUCGAAAGCUACGAUUACAUUUCUUGGUUUUGUAGUUGGAUAUGAGGCCAUUGUACCAAAGAUAAAAAACAAGCAUGUUGGCUUUUGGUCUUGAUUUUAAUCCAAUGCUUGGUUAGUUGUACUUCUUAGGGACCAGUGUGGCAGGAGUGGAGCCACUAUGGUGCAUAAUAUUUAUAUACGACAAAUACAACAAAUAAACUUACAUACCCUCUGCACCUUUGGACCCACUACUUCGUUCAUUCGUUGUAGUGUAAAAAAUUUAGGGUUGUAAAAGUUGCCACUGCAUUAUUUUGUUGGGUGCAACAGUAUAUUCCCUAAAACUACAAUAAUAACACAAGUUUUUCU